CGCGAGACCCAAAACAAAAACGAACCGAUCGAGGAAGUGUGAAACUGUUGUUUAACUGUCUAUGGUUGUGUUACCUAUUUUGCUACAGGAAUGGGAGUGAUAAGUCCCUACAUGAUUAUGUUGGGGCUGUUUUUGACGUUUACUUACACCUUAGCAGCGACUGCAUCGCCAGAUGCAUUCGACGGAGUUUUGGGAAACACUGCCUCUUGCCACAAAACAUGUCAGAUGACCUAUAGUUUGCAUACUUAUCCACGGGAGGAGGAACUAUAUGCCUGCCAGAGAGGUUGUCGUCUGUUUUCCAUAUGUCAGUUUGUCGGUGAUACUGAAGACCUGAAUCAAACUAAAUCAGAGUGCGAGUCUGCUUGUCAUGAGGCAUAUUCCCAGGCAGAUGAGCAGUAUGCCUGCAAUCUCGGAUGUCAGAGCCAACUCCCUUUUGCUAAGCAGAGGCAAGAACAGCUUGCAUCCAUGAUGCCAAGGAUCCAUAUGCUCUUCCCACUGGCUUUAGUGAGAGGCUUCUGGGAUGAUGUGAUGAGUCAAGCUCACAAUUUUAUCAUGUCAUCCUGGACAUUCUACCUCCAAGCAGAUGAUGGAAAAGUAGUUAUUUUUCAGUCUGAGCCACAAAUUCAGUUUGUCCCUCAGCUUGAAUAUCAGAUGGAAGAGGAGGUGCCACAGAGCUCAAACCAAGGAUUAAGCAACCCAGUUUACAAAGACUACCACCGCACCUACAUUCAGGAGAGAGACCGGGAUAUGUUUAUGGACCGGAGCAACCGCGAGGAUGAGUCCAGCCUUUUUGACUGCCUGUCAAGGAACCCAUGGCUUCCAGGCUGGAUUCUGACCACCACUCUGGUUCUGUCGGUCCUGGUUCUGAUAUGGAUCUGCUGUGCUACAGUGGCUACCGCUGUUGACCAAUAUGUUCCUGCUGAGAAGCUAAGCAUCUACGGGGAUAUGGAUUUUUUAAAAGACCAGAAGCUGACACCAUACCCACAAUCCUCUCUGGUUAUCAUCACCUCUAAUGGAGAAGAAAGAGAGGCGGGACCCCUGCCAUCCAAAGUCAACCUGGAUCAGUCCAAUAUUUAGGAAAAACGGCAUCAUCAUCCACUCACAAAUAUUUGAUUGGGUAGUCUUAAAUAUGCAAAGAUGAGCCGUAUUGUGUUGGUCUCAUUCUUAAGCAGUUUACGUUUUCACUUAAAUUGCUACUAUGGAGUCUAGCACAUUUUUGUAUGGCUUUCUCCUAUGCUUUUGUCCUUCCCUAAACAGAGGUACUGAGGGAUUCAUUUUAUCUGUAUAUUGGCAUGAUUGAAGCAUUACACUGUCAAUGAUAGCCCUGAUUCACUCGAUUUUUUUUUAGAUAACUUUACCCUUUUUUGUGGGGUCUUAAAGAUCCACUUAGAAACUGUUGUUUUUCUACUUUCCUGGAAUUAAAAUGGUGUGUUAACUACAAUUUCAGUCCAAGAGGUAUUGUAGUUAAUAGUGAGAUAUAUAGGGAGGAACUAACGCUAAACUCAUUCCCUAGCUUUAGGUGGUGUGUUUUAAGUGCAAUGGAUGACUCAUAUAGAGAGUUCGGCACAUUAAGCUUCAUGAGGAUAUGGAUAAACAGUAGCAUGCCCUAUGACUACUACUUCUCACAAGAAUGGGUGUUGGUUGGUGUAAAUUCAUCUAUAUGUUUCUCCCAAAUAAAAUUCUUUAAAAAUA